UGUCAACGACUAAUGCCGGACAACCAUAAACUGAAUAAUUUGAAGCAUUGCGGAUCAUCUGUGACUCAACAAUACCAAUCGAGAAUUUAAAAUACGUGCAUCACGAACGAAAUUUCAUGUAGCCAGUAGCAACCGCAAUUUUGCCGCGACGCAUCGUGAAACGACGGCACACCAAACUAUACUUCUGAAUAGUAAACACAGACCGUAAUGUUAACAAAAUUUUAACGAAGAGAAGAAAAGAUGCAGUGUCCGUCGUUGAUCUCGAUAUUGACAAAAAUAUAUAUAGCUCAUAUUGCCUAUUGUAUUUACGAUAUAACAUUGUUGUUCGUAACACCGUCUUGCAAAGCGCACGAAUUAUGCUUGACAUCCUAUUUGAACGAAAAGCCACGUCUGCAAUUGCGGAUUUACAGUUCUGUCAACGAGCAUCUCAUCGAUAGACAGCUUGAUUUUGUUUAUAAAACCGAUGAUUUUAAUUAUACGCACGCGAACAGCAUUCCUGUAACAUUAAACAUUCCACGCAAAACUCGAAACAAUGGAACAUUGUUCCUUCAUGUCAUUGUUGUUCCUAACACUAAAAGAGAAGACAAUAAGAGCAUCGUCGACAUACAAAAGGAUCCGUAUGCUUCUUAUACUGCCAUUAAACUGACAAGACAUGUAAUUCCUGAAGCAGAGGCCUUUAAUUUAUUGAGCGAUAAAGAUGAGGAUACAAAGAAGAAGAAGAAGAAAGAAAAUUUUGUGCAUCCAGUAACUCAUAUUAGGCCACGUGUUACAUUCACAAUAAUGACAGAUGACGUGAAGCUUCCUGUGCAUAAUGUACCGAUGGAGCUUGUUAAUCAUCUCAAAAUAAUGCAUGGCAGGACGUUUUUACCCAUCGUUAACGACGAUUUCCUGCAAAUUCGACAUCAUGAUUUAGUGAAAGUCAUGCCUCAGAAUAAUACGAUUAAUAUUACAUUACAAUAUUCUCCGAUUUCGUAUGGAAGAUUAAGACUGAUGCUGCACGUGGAAGCAACUAUGCAAAGUUUGAAAAAUCUUGGAUUUUCCGAUAAAGAUACGGAUGAAGUGAAAGGAAUUUUUGUGGAUACAAAUAUUUAUAUCUUAGCAGGAACAUUCCUUAUCUCGACUCUCCAUGUACUAUUUGAUUUACUCGCCUUUGAAAACGAUAUCAGUUAUUGGAGGAAAAAAGAUAAUCUUGUUGGCCUUAGUAAAUGGACAGUGAUAUGGCGGGGAUUUAGUCAAACUAUCAUUUUCCUUGAUUUGUUAAACGAAGGUUCCUCCUUGCUUCUUCUUAUUCCGACUGGAAUUGGAUCUCUUAUAGAGAUAUGGAAACUGACGAAGGUGUUGAAACUUAGAUUUAAUAAAAAUCAUAAUGAAAUUGCAGCUGAAACUAAGACAAGAGAAUUCGAUGCAGAGAGCAUGUAUUAUUUAAGUUAUUUGUUAUAUCCUCUUGUUAUCGGAGGUGCAAUUUAUUCUUUGUUUUAUCAAUCUCACAAAAGCUGGUACUCGUGGAGCAUAAAUUCGUUAGUGAAAGGUGUUUACGCGUUCGGAUUUCUGUUUAUGCUGCCUCAACUAUUUGUGAAUUAUAAGUUGAAGUCCGUGGCGCAUUUACCAUGGAGAACAUUUAUGUACAAAGCAUUCAAUACUUUCAUCGAUGAUAUAUUUGCAUUCAUAAUCACAGUACCGACCGCACAUAGAAUAGCAUGCUUCCGAGACGACGCAGUUUUUCUUGUUUAUUUAUAUCAGAGAUGGCUGUAUCCAGUAGAUAAAUCUCGUCAAGACGUUGACUCUAUCGAUAAAUCUACCGAGUCUAAAGACUUGAAUAAAAAAGCUGACUGAAAUAAAUUCCUACAACUUUUUUUUAAUUAUUUUUACUUCAGUGUAAGAUAAAUUGAUAUUGCUGAAAUUCGCUUAAUAACUAUCCAAAAUAAUGUACGAUAUUGUUAAGA